AUGUUCAUAUUCAAUGGUUUCCAUAUACAUUUACAAUCAUUUUUAUUAUUAUUUGUAUAUUUAACUUGGAUCCAUUCAAUUGUUUAUGGUCUAGUACCAGUAAAUGGUAAUAAGAAUGAAACAGUUACAACAACAACACCAUCACCAUUAACAACAACAACAACAACAACAACACCACAUUCUAAUUCAACUCAUGAAACUAUUUCAAAUACAUCAACUAUAACAAAUAGUACUUCAAGUAGACAUAGUGUAAUUCAAGCAGCAUCAUUUACAAUGACUGAUUUAUCAUAUUAUGAUUAUAAACCAAAUUCAUUGAGUCAUAAUGAAGAAUAUAAAAUUAAAUCAAAUGAACAUUAUGAUAAACAUAAAGUUAAUUAUGAACAAUAUUUUAAAAAUUAUGAUCAAUCUUAUCAUCACAAACACAAACAUCAUCAUCAUCAUCAUCACCAUCAUCAUCAUCGUCAUCAUGAACAUGAUGAUCAUGAUGAUCAUGAUCAUAGUCAUGAUCACGAUCAUGACCAUAGUCAUGAUCACGAUCAUGAUCAUAAUCCUAAACAUUCUUCUAAAGAAGAUAAAAAUCCAAAAACAAUAUCAUCUGAAUGGAUCUAUGAUAAAUUAAAAGAAUAUUUAAAUUGUAUUUAUGUGAAACAAAUUAAUUGUGAAGAUCAAUUUGUUACAGAAUUACAAUUGAAAUUAUUAAAAAUUCAAUCAAAUCAACAACAACAACAACAAAAAGAUGAACAUUAUAAAUCAAUCUCAUCUGAAAGUGUCAAACAAAUUCCAAUAAUAUCUGUUCAAAUAGAUAAAACAUCAUUAGAAACAAAACAUGAAGAUGAUCAUUCACAUAAAGAACAUCAACAUAAAAGAGAACAUAAAGAAAUUAGAAAAGAUUUAUCUACUAUAUAUCAUAUAAAUAAUCAUCAAUUUGAAAUAAGUAGACAUAAAGAAAUAGAACAAAUAGAGAAAUUUUAUUCACAUGAAUCUGAUCAAAGUUUAGAUAAUGAUAAACAUUCCAAUUAUUAUCAUAAUGAUCAUCAUGAUCGUCAUCAUCAUAAUCCUCGACAUCAUCAACAUCCUCCUCCUCCUCCUCCUGAUCAUCAUCGUCAUAAAGAUCAUCAUGAUCGUGAUCAUCAUCAUCAUCAGCAGCAUCAUCAUCAUCAUCGUUCAUCUUCAUAUUAUAAAGAUGGAUGGUUGGAAAAACUAGAUAAAAUGAUACCAAGCUUGGAUGAUGAUGAUGACGAUGAAGAGCAUCGUCAUAAACACAAAGAUAAACAACCACAUCGUCGUCCAAUAUAUCGAAAGUAUUCAAACAAAUAUUAA